AUGGCAAACGCAGGAGUGCAACUUCUUGGCUUUACCUUAGCCUUCAUUGGUUUUAUCGGCAGCAUAGCAUCCACGGUUAUGGUGGAGUGGAAAGCCUCAUCCUAUGCAGGGGACAACAUCAUCACGGCUCAGGCCCUCUAUGAGGGCCUCUGGAAGACCUGCGCAUCACAGAGCACGGGGCAAAUUCAGUGUAAAGUCUAUGAUUCACUCCUACAACUGCCAGGCAUUGUGCAGGGCACACGCGGACUGAUGCUGGGCUCCAUCUUACUGAGCUUCAUUUCCAUACUGGUGGCAGUGGUGGGCAUGAGGUGCACUACAUGUAUGGCUGACCAACCCCAGCAGAAAGACAAAGUGGCUCUGGCUGGUGGUGUUAUCUACAUUAUUUCUGGGAUGCUUGCUUUGGUGGGAACGUCCUGGUAUGGCCAAAGAAUAGCACGCGACUUCUACGACCCCUUUACUCCAACUAAUUCCAGGUAUGAAUUUGGGAGCGCCCUGUACGUCGGUUGGGGGUCUGCCAGUCUAACCAUUAUUGGUGGCUGUUUCCUUUGCGCCAACUGUUCCGGCCAGACCUCAGUGAAAACUCCUCGUUACCCUGCUUCUAACUCAGGGACCGCUGGCAGGGACUAUGUGUAG